UUAUACGUAGAAACACGUGUUGUUGUUUAUAACGCGGUGGUAAAGGUAGAUCAAGUUUCUGGUUAAUUACGCACAAGUGUUUGAUCUUAACGAUAUACUAUUUCUGGUUUUUACCGUAAGGAAUAGUACAUAUUACAAGGUCGAGGAUCGAAGCGGUAAUGGAUAUUUGAAAAGUUGAAGGUUAUGUAAAUGCAAACUCUCUGAUCGUAAUUAUUGUUAAUAGCGAUUCGUUAUUAACGUUUGAAGCGACUAUUAUGGAAACGGAAACUUCUGGCGAAUCUUCUCAUUCGAAUAUCGAAGCUCCACCACGCGAACGAAAAAAUACACGGGGAUCCCGUCAAAGAGCGGUAGAUUCUACAGUGACGACAAAAUUUCUUCGAAAUUUCGAUCCCGAGCAUAGCGAAAGAGAAAAACGUAAACUGCACCGACGAAUAUAUCAAGGAUAUAAAAAGCACUCUGUGUACAAUGAUAAGGGUAUUUAUAUAAAAACAGGAGAUGACCUUUGCGAUUGCUUAAAUUUAAAUUGUGCCGGAUGUCAUUUUCCUUGCCCGAAGUGCUCUUCUACGAAAUGUGGCCACGAAUGCAGGAAUAAUCGCAGAUGGACAUACGAGUCGAUAGAAAACGAAGGCAGCGACAUAAUUAUUAGGAAUCCGAUGGUAAAAGAAUACUAGACGUUAAACAUUCUGCUUGGUCGUAUAGCAAAUUUAUUCUUCUCGUGACGACCUUGCGACCAUGGUAUACGAGUACUUUACAAUCAUUCGACCGAAUAUUCUAUCGCAUUAUUAAUAUAGUAUAAGUUAUAUGGUAUCGAUGUCACUUUGGUUAUAUUACAUUAAAGACAAGGUAGCGUACUAGAGCGAUGUAAAUAGAUUUUGAUAUCGACAACGUAGCGCGUUGAAAAAAGAAUAAAAUUGUACGUAUACUUCCUUCUUCCAUCA